CAAACAUUAAUCCUUGUUUUUUAGUGCAAAUUUCUAGGCAAACAACAACCAAAAAAAUGGAAAAAAUUUCUAUGGUUCCAAGUACUCAUCAACCAUUAAGGUCAAUUAGUUUACCAACAAGAGUUCACCCUUUUUCACAAAGAGUUGAAGCAUUAUUAAACCAUUUUAAACCACAAUGUUCUCAAUCUAUUUCAAGAACAUUCUGUUUUGAAGCAGAGCAAAUACAGAGUGAUUUGGUUGUUCUUGUUGAUUUGUACAAUUGCAUGGAAGAACUUUUUCAUUCUCCACAAACCCAACAAGCUCUUUUGCAUUAUCAAAAUGGAAAAUUAGUAGAAGAUUCAUUAUGUGGCUCAGUUACACUUCUAGAUGCAUGUGAUUCAACAAGGGAAUUAAUCUUGUGUCUCAAGGAACAUGUUCAAACACUUCAAUCAGCUAUACGUAGAAAAAGAGGAAAUUUUUCAAGCAUUGAAAGAAGCAUUUGUGAGUAUGAUAGCUUUAGAAAGAAAGCAAAGAAGGAAAUUUCAAAGCAAAUAAGUGAGUUAAAGAGAAUGGAAAACAAAGUUAAGUUUUUUUCUCAAAUGGGUCAUGAUCAAAAUGUAAUUUUUUUGGCUAGAGUUUUAAGAGAAGCUAACACUAUCACUAUAUCUAUAUUUCGUUCUCUAUUGUUGUUCAUAUCCAUGCCAAGACUAAGAACAACAACAAAAGGGUCAUCAUUGAUCUCAAAGUUUAAUCCUACUAGAUUGUUUUCUUCAGAUAAUGAACAGAAGAAUAUUAAUUUUGUAGCACUUUUUGGAAGAGGAAAACAUAUUGAUACAAAGGAUGAAAUUGAAGGUGCUUUAAGAAGUUUAGAGACAUUGAAUGUUGGUAUUUGUGGUCUUGAAGGUGGAUUGGAUUGCAUUUUUAGAUGUUUAGUAAGAAAUAGAGUUUCAUUUCUUAAUAUGCUUGCUCAUUAGGAUAAUGAUGAGUGAAGUAAUUAUAUAAAUUAGUACAAUAUUGUAAAUGUAAAUGAGAGUGAUCAUGUAGUCCAAAUUUUAGAGGAUUUGCUCUUUAACAAAUUUAUACAUGUUUGAAUGAGAGCAUCAACAUGAUUCAGAUUUAUAUUACAUUAUUACUU